AUGCAUAACCAUCACAUCAACCAAGGAAAAGCCACAGCGGAUGAGUCCCAGGAUCACUGUCCGGGCUGUGCACAGCAGCAGCACUGCGCUUUUUGUGAUGGUCAGGAUUUGUCCCAGACUUACCCCAAACUGUCUCCAAACACCAGGAGCCUGAGCUCAGACUCUGAGUUGCUGCAGCUUAACGAGCUCCCAUGUACUAUUUCUUGGCCGUGUUGUCCAUUGCUCUGUCUGCCUUCAGGUCAUAUUGUGCUGGGAAUAUUCUGGUUUAAGUACAGGGAAAUCAAUUGCAGUGCUUGUUUCCCUGAGAUCUUCUUCACCCGCUCACUGUUGCUCAUGGAGAUGUCUAUGUUGCUGCUGAUGGCCCUGGGUAGCUUUGAGGCAAACCACAACCUCCUGCAAACGCCACCUGGCUCCAGAGGAAAGACAGAACCAAGUUCUCCUCUGCCCCUUCCAUUCUGCAGCUCCCGGGUGCUGUCACACUCCUUCUGCCUGCACCAGGACGUGAUGAACCUGGCCUGCGCCAACACCACCCCCAGCGUGGUGUACGGCCUCACUGCCAUCCUGCUGGUCAUGGGGCUGGACGCCAUCCUCAUCUGCCUCUCCUACAUCCUGAUCCUCAAGGCUGUCUUGCAGCUGGCAUCGUGGAAGGAGAGGCUCAAGGUGUUCAGCGCCUGCGUUGCCCAUAUCUGCGUGGUCCUGGCCUUCUACGUGCCCCUGAUUGGGCUGUCCGUGGUGCACAGGUUUGGGAAGGACCUGGCUCCGCUGGUCCAUAUCAUCAUGGGGAACAUCUACAUCCUGGUGCCUGCUGUGCUCAACCCCAUCAUCUAUGGGGUGAGGACCAAGCAGAUACAGAGGAUCCAGAUUUCAAUUAAAAUUUCUGAUGACAGAAGUGCCCAUUGA